GUGGUAAGUUCUUGUAUAUUACCGUACACAUUACUUGUAGAAUUUCUUUAUUUUAUUUUUAUAUUUUGGUAUAUUUGGUCAUCAGUUCAUCCUGGUGUUCAACUGGAUCGAGUAUAAGCCGGCUUCUUAUGGAUACUAUGUGUAUCCGAUGUGGGCAGAUGCAGUCGGCUGGAUCUUGGGUGUGCUGCCUGUAGUCGUGGUCGUGUUGAUGGCUAUCGAUCAGAUCUGCAGUGGGCCUGAUGAUUUGACCAUUAUGGAGAAAGCAAGAGCGCUCUCGCGUCCUACAGAAGAGUGGGGGCCAUCAGCGACAGCAGUGAUGAGACACGAGUCGGAGCUGUCGCCGCCGGUGCUGCUGCUUCACGGCCGCCCGGUGCUUCGUGAGCGAGGUGCUUGACCCCCGCACACGCAUCCGCUUGUUGCUAUGCGGAAGACGUCACAAGAUGGUGGAGAUUCUUCUUCUAUUACUAGUGGGAUAGAAAAUGAAAUUAAAAAAUCUGGAGCAAUAAUAAAAACCAAAAGAAAUUCUAUUAAACGAAAGGUUCAGAACUUUAGCCACGAAUCUGAUGACGCUGUUAUAGAACCUCUCUUGCAAAAAGACAAAGAAAAAACCGAAACAAUAAAGCCCCAAAGUGCCAAAUUUAACCUUUUGACAAAAACAAAGACCGAUACUGAUGGAAAAGGAAGUGACAAAGAUAAAUUAAUAACAGAUAAGAGUUCAGGGCUUUCUGAUACUUCUGACAUCAAGGAUAGAGUUGUAGAAAGUUCUAACGUAAAAGACAAUUCUGUUUCAAAAUUCACAAGUUCUAAUGCUCCCAUACAUAACCACAUGAAUACUAAUGUCUUUAACAGUCAUGAUGGUCUUAAGGGUUACGUUGCACCUAAAAGUCAAAUUCUUGUGGAAAUUGAUAAUUCUAGGCAAGUUGGUUAUAAUCCAAGUCCAUUAAUAUUUACAACGGCAAAAAUACACACUGAUGGUAAAACUAAGCAAAUGGAACCGGUUCAAAUGACUCCAGUGCCCAUAUUAUCAACAAUCGAAGUAAGCGUAAUUAAAAGUGGAAUUAACACCGGUGAAACUUCGGGGCAAGUCAGUUCAAAUAUUAGUACAGGGUAUUCAACUAUUUCUCAUAAUGCUAAACCAAUAACAGAACAGAUUAUGAAACCUUUGCUUAAUACACUGCAAAAUAAAGAAAUAGACUCAAAAAUAUUAAUUUCAACAGAAAAGAAAACUGUUACAACUAAUGCGCCAGAUAAAAUAUCUCUAUCAUCUUUAUCUAAUAAGGAAUCUACACUAACUCAGCCUAAAUCUAUCACAACUAGUAGUAAAGACAAUGCAACAGAAAAUAAGAAUACUAGCAAAAAAGAUCAAUCCGGUACAGAGUGUCCACCUAAAACAUCAGGGUCACAACCUGCUAAUUCUAUAUCAUCAAAUAAAAUUAAAACAACACUUCCGCAGGUAUUGCAAAUUGGAGCGGUUGCACUAAGCACGACAAAAGUGACUUCAGCAAAUAAUAAUGGUAAGAGUGAAGUAAUCGAACAACCACUAACAAUAAUGUCAGAUAAAUCACCCCGAUAUCCGGUAAAGAAAAGCGAUUUGAAUAAGAUUGUUAAACCAGAUUCACAAAAAACUGAUGCAUGCGGUAGUGUUAAAUCUGAAGACAAAGCCAGUGCUGAUAAAGAUUAUAAUAACACAUCCUUUAAUAAUAAACAACUGCAACGUCAAAGUGUUGUAAACGAUAAGGACGGUACAAUGCCAAAAUUAAAAUCGAAUAUGGUAACAUCUCCUCAAUCUAAUGAAGGAAUGAGUUUAAAUAAGUCAGGUGAAAAAUCGAUUUCUAAUGAAGCAGAUGAAAUAGGUGAUAAAACAAAAUUGCCAAAACAUAGUGCCAAUAAUGUGCCAACAACUAUUAUUACGACACUACCAAUAAGCGCCAAUACAGCUGAUAAUAAAAUACCUGCUUCCUUAACUACUAGUUCGACUGCUAGCAAAAAACUUACCCAAACGACUUCCUCCGUUCCUGUUUCUAAAAUACACAACGUCGACCUAAGAAAAUCUUUAACCGACGAUUUAUAUUGCGCUGUAACUUGUAGUAAAACAUCUGUUGCUACGACUGCAAAUUCAACUACCAGCAAAACCGUUGCUCCUACAAAAACUACAUCUGUGAAUAACCCACCUGCAAUCGGCAUACAGGUAACGACAACACAAACUAAUACUGCAACCGCUACUAUCAAGACCACUUCUGUUACUGUACCUAAAACUGUUAAAGAAUCAUCUACGUCCAUAAAUGCACCCAAUGCUGCCAAAACAUCUGUUCUAAUGAGUACAACUGUAACAUCUGCACCAUCUACAACUAUUGCUGCUGGAAACAAAAUAUCUGCUCCGAUAUCAACGGUUGUGACGACAAGUAAACUUUCUGAUGACGUUGUUACUGCCCCAGCCACAAAAAUUCCAUCUAAAACAACGGGGGCAAUUGCCGAUAAAAUAUCUACACCUUCAGUGGCGAUGAAUUCAUCUGAUAACCCUUUAACAUCAUCUAGCAGUUCGAAAAUAUGCACGCCGAUUACGAAGGUUGGUACAGUAACGCCUACUACAGUCUCCAAGCCACUGAAUACAGAAAAUAAAUCUGGUAGUGCUUCAAGUUCUGUGCACGUCAAAACUACAAAUGACGGCUCAAGAGAAAAACCUCAAGGAACUGGUACUUUAAUUACAAAACCUACGAGUUCUGCAAUAAGUACGAAGUCGGCAAAAGUUUCAACCAUGGUCACGCCGACGACUAAUUCUCAGAGGACGAUGAUGACUAAGCCACAAACUACAGCGAAAACGACAGCUACUAAAACAACAUCACAAUCAUCUGAAAUCACACCAAUGAGUUCAUCAAGCAAAGAAAAAUCCUCUGUGGCCAAAAAUAGCACAACUUCAAUCAGUUCUACAACGAGUGGAAAGUCUGCAGCUCCAAAUUCUACGUUAGUUUCGUCAGGUUCAUCAUCGAAGUCUACUGACACUAGUAAGCGAAAUGACUCAAAAUCCAAAGAAUUAAGUAAUGGUAACAAAAGUUUAAAAGCUUAACAAUUGUUACAGUUUGAGUUUCUAGGAGAUAAACAAGCCGCUCAAUCCAUAGUUGUAAUGAUAAUAAUAUUAAUUUAUAUAAAUAACUAUUCCAAGUUUCAUCACAAGGUAAAAUGUACAAUCUAGCCAUCAAGAUGCUUGAAUCCUAGGUUGCACGGUCACAUUUUCUUAUGAGAUAGACAAUUCCUUACUCCUCGCUCAGCGUAGUGGAAUAGUAGGUAUGUUAUAAAUAGCUGUAAAUACCUAUAAUAGAAACUUGUGAACUGAAUGGUCAAUAUGUCUAAUCUUCUGUAUGUAUGACGUAAUAAUAAUUAUUAUGUUAGGCAGUUAGUUAAAAAUGCGUGUUGGAGUAGAUUAUGUUAGUGAAGUUUGACCUAUGUAACACACUAAUUGAUUGCUCAUAGAAUAAUAAAAUGAAAGGAAUUGACAAAAUACUAAGUACAUUGAAAAAUGGUAAUUUUAUUAAAUUGAUGAUAAUUUAAUCCUGAAUGUGUUAACUACAUAUAAAUUAUUCCAAGUGCCAUUUAAAAACUCGUGCGACUAACAUGCAUAGCAAUAUUACCUACUAGUGAUCAAAUCAUGGAAUGUACUUUGAAUGACAUGCGUAUGGUAGGCUAGUGGUGCUAAGAAAUACAUAUUUUUCAUAGACAAUAUUAUUAUUAUUAUAUUUUCGAUACCAUUUAGAGAUGAUUACCUAGUUUCAUCUCACAGUGUCAAUUUAUAUCAAUAUUAAAUUGAUGUGUAUCAUUGAUAUCCAGAAAUCAAGUUAUAAACAUAUUCUGUAUCUAUAUAUAGGUGUUCUGUAAAUUUAUUUAUCAAAAUGUCGAGAGAAAAUUAUAAAAACGCAGGGUAGAAUCGGAUAAUACAAGAAUUAUUUAAUGUUAACAUUUCAUCGAUGUGAACAUUGCGAUAUUUGAUAGUAUUUUUUAAGACAAAGCAAUGUCGGGACGGAUUUAAGUACCUAUAUUAUUCUUUACAAUGAAAUGAUUAAUUAUCCGAAAUUGUAUAAUGUGAUUAUACUUAUUUCAUUUCGUCAUGUUUACUUUACAUAAGAUGUGACAAAGUUUUUGGUGCCGAUAAUUUUCAAGAAUAAGACGUAUUGGGCCCAGAUUAAUAAGCCUCAAGGCUCCAAUUCUUUAUGAAUUACUACUACGAGUAUUAAUAUUUAAUAAUAUUUUUCUUAAACAUGGAGCCAAGUCCAUUUGCUCAGUAAAAGGUGUCAUAGAGACUUAAGGGCAUUAUGACUGUUCAACUAAGUAUGAUAUCUGCCUUUAUGUCUUCACGAAGCAGUGUAAAUUAAUGAAUUUGUGUAUGAAAAAGGUACCCUAUACCUACAACUAUGGUAUGCUUUACCGUUCAAAAGUAAAAGGCAUUGAAAAUGUAAGUUUAAUAUCUGGAGAGAUUGAUGUUUGUCUGCCUUAAAAUGCUUACCUAUUACAAUAUUUUGUGACCGAAAUGUUAAUGUAAUGGUGACAAACGAAUGGCUAUAUACAAAUGUUCACUUUUGAUUGUACCUAUGACUUGUUUUGUUUUCACCGUAAUAUCUUUUUAAACACAUAGCCGUACAGUAGUAUAUAUAACAUCAUAAUCUAGCACAAUACCUUAUUUAUUGUAAAGUAGGGAGUCUAAUCUACAAUGGAUUCCGUCUGAUUUAAUUAUAAGCACAAUUUUUGUUCUUGUUAUGCCAAUAUUAUAGCAUAUCUACCUAAGACGCCUAUAGGAUUUUAUGACGGUCAUAAUCAGGGAUUUUUGUUCGAACCAAUACACUAAAGUAGGAUAAGCUUAGUAAAGCUGAACGUCUAUGUUAGUAAAUUCAGGUUCAGUCGACGAAUCUGGCUUGUGCCAAAUUUUAUCAGUCAGGAUUACGUCUACGUUGUCUCUCCGGUGUGUUGCUAGAUUUCCCGGAUAAUUUUCGUACUUUAUCACAUCCAAAUCAAAGUACUUAUACAUAUUACAAAUUCUUUUUGACUUCCAUCAAAAGCCAAAAUUAUCUUAUAUAAGAAAUUCUCAUUUUUGACAUCGCUGCAAAAAUCGAUGGCUACCCACAGGCCCGCCGUAAGCGGGCGUGCAUGGCGUGCACCGCACGCGGGCGGCACGUCCUAGGGGGCGGCAAAUCGAAAUAUCUUUUUACCAAUUAUUUCAUUUCAAUAUUUCCGAAAACAGCAAUAGCGCAAACUAUUUAAGAUCAAUAAUGCUCCAGCAGAGACUAAGUAAUUUAGCUAUAGUUUCAAUCACGGACGUCAGUAGCGGCGUAAGGGGGAGGCGGGGGCGGUCCGCCCCGGGUACCACGUCUAGGGGGCGCCAUCUCGGUCGGCACAUAUCUGCACGACCAGGAUGGCACGGGCAAAAGGGACCAUCCACGGAGAGUGCUUUUGUAAUCUGCAAAGCCUAGGUUCACUACCAGUCGCAGUGCAGGCCCGAGACACGCAUCGCCACGGGACUGAGCGAGGUGACACAGUCCGACUGUCAACCCUCUCCCCUCUGAAUUCCUUAAAGUUGGAAAAAAAGCGCUCGCUUCGCUCGCGGC